UCCGAAGCUCUUGCUUCUAGCUCUUCUUGCAGUGAAUUGGAAGCCGGUAAUGAUGCCCUGGACAUGUGGAAGACGAAAGAUGUUAAAUGUGAGUUUUUGUUAGAAGCCAGAAUGAGUAAUACGUCUCAUUACUCUGUUGCUGAAUAACCUGCACGGCGCACCAUCAAUCCUGCAUAGUUCUUAAUAAUUGGCACAAGCUAACUUUUCAAUUCAAGUCCGUUUUGCCCUCACAAAUGUAACGUGAUAGUUUCUAUAUGUUAUUAACUCAGGCUGGACUGUGGAGGACGUGAAGAACUGGCUCACUUUUCAGGGAUUUAAAGAGGAAGCUGCCCUUUUUUCAAGUAAGCUAAAACUAGCUGUAGUAUUUAAGCUUACUAAGCUUAAGCUUAAGUCUUAAUAAUAAGCUUACAUGUAUCAGUAACUUCGCAAUUCCUGAAACUGCAUAUUCCUAAGAAUAAAUAAGAAAAUAAACGAGUAAGUCUUUCUGUCAUAGCCUGCGAGCUCGCAGGCUAAAUAAGUCAAGAAUUAAUUUGUGACCAUCUUUUGCUAAUUUUGCUUUCCCUAAGUUGUACUUGUGGAGACAAUUUUUUGAACAGAUAUUCUAGCAGUGUUCAUCACCAUUUUCUCUGGAUUCUUUGGGAAGCUUAUUUGAUUUACAAUAUUUUUCAAGUAAUUUUUUUAACUACCCAUACAAAUUGUAAGAAUCACAAGCAUUUUACCGCCAACAUUUGAGGGUAGCCUAGAGUCACAUGUUUACCUUUUGCAGGGGUGCUAAAGCAUUUGAGAGCAAUGCAUGGAUGCUUUCUAAAUGCUACAUGUAACACAUCGCACAGCCACAUAGCUAGAAUUUCUUCAGAAACAAUUUUCCUUUUGUCCUUUCAAUUCAUGACUUUUCCACAAAAUGGUGAAUUAACAAAAACUGCUCCAAGGUUUGCUAAGGUUUUCACACUUUCAUUUAUUUGAUAUAACAGAAGAGGAGAUUAGUGGAGAAGCAUUGCUGGCAAUUGAAAAAAAUGAUAUCAAGGAAAUUGGUGUAGAGCCAAUGGGCCAACGUAUUCAGCUUAUGGCAAAAAUAAAAGAGAUAAUUAACACACAGGAAAAGGAAGGUGUGAACUCUACAGAAGUGGAGUCAAAAUUGAAACAUUCUUCUCUGAAAAGAAAAAUAACUACCCAGGAUAAAAAGAAAUGGGAUGCCAAAUCAAAGACAAUGUACUUAGAAAAGUAAGUGUGAUUUUAAGACUAAACAUGCAUAUAUGCAUGAUGGUGUCUUGAUUCAGUGUAACUGUGCUAGGCAAGUUGGUGGCCCUAAAAGUCUCUAAUUAUUUUCCCCUGCCCUAAAAUGCCCUUAUUUUUCAGUUUUUCCCCCUAGCAUUCCUAUUUUUCUUUUAUUUUUGAAAACUGCUGAUGACAAAUGUCAUUGAAAGUGCUUGACAGGGAUUCUUCACUUACUUGCACAAUCUGCAAGUUUCUUUUGGUGUGGCUUCUCAUGUUUGGAAUUAUCAGCUUCUAUCAUUUACUGGUGAAUUAUUUUAGUUACUUUUGUAAGCUUUGUAUUGAGUUCUUCCCUGAUGAUAGAAUUUAAGGGAGUAAAGUUGCGCUCAUCUUGCUUGAACACAUCCAUAUGAUCAAGUUCUAGAUUUGUAUUGCUUAAAAUCAUCACAUUCUUUGAACUUCUUAAUUCAACCUUAUCUAAUGUGUAUGUUAGGGUAUAACUUACCUCUCACACAUCCUCUGGUGAUGGCAUACCUAAUGGUAAUUGGGUUGGUGAAUUAGCUGAGCCAGUGAAUAGUAAUAGUAAUAGUAAUAAUUAUUAUUUCUCAUACUUUGCUCUACAUGUGCCUCACAGUUUUGUUCCAGAGUGAUUAGAUCAUCUUGUUUUAGCUUUAAUUAAGGCUUUCAAAGUCAGUGAGAUACAGAUGCCCUGAAAAAACUAGGGCAGAUGUCCUGGGAAUUUGACCAUUGUACUGCUGUAGAACCAGUACUCAUGUUAAAUAAAUAAAACUUCGUUUUUUAGGUGACAGUUCCAUGGUGCCACUUCUUUAAAUUGCAUCGACGUUGGAUUUAUGUCAAGCAUUUUCUAGACAAGAGUGUGACUUUGGUGAUCCCUUUAAUGAAUACCAUAUAAACUAGAAUUAUAUUUGAGUAAGUAUGUAAUCUGUUUGGAUGGGAGAAGGUAAGAUACAUUGGAAUAAUGUUCUAAAAUGCCCUUAUUUUCAACUGUUUAUCCCACAAAGUCCCUCUUCUGUGGAGAAAUAAAAAAUCCUAUUUUUCCCCUAAAAUGUUGUCACUAACAUGCCUGCUGUGCUUAGCUUCUCUUUUAGUAUUUUGCAUUUUUUCUUUUUUGUUGACUUGCUUUGACUGGAAUCCUAAAAAGUGAUGCAGUGAUCUCAGGUCUGUUGUCCAUUUUCUUUUCUCCAAAAUUUAGGACAUCAUUCAUUGUGCAUGAAGCUGCUAAGGUGUGGCCUGGCAAUAAGAGUGUUCACUUCAAAAACAACACUACCCAAAAUUUGAAACUUGAGGAACUUGUUUCACGACUGGAGGAGACUUGUAAAAUACCCAAGAUUGGCUUUGGAAGAGGUAAAUGUUACAUUCAUUACCAUGUAUUGCAGAUAUAAACAAAGGACAAUUUUUUUUCUUCUGACACAAAUAGAGAUUUGGCCUCGAUCAAAAACCACAUAAGAAAUGCCUCUGGCUCCCAGGUUACACAAAGUUUGAUCGUCAUGCAAAUAAUUGAUCUGUUAAAGACAAGACCUGUAGAUUGAGCAGAUUCUAUGAUUGGGUCACAUCCAAUGUAAAAUUCAUGAACCAUGCCUGAAUUUCAUCUUUUUUACCAAAUCAGGUGCUAAAUUUCAGCCAGUUUAAACACACACACAUGACCCUGUCCAGACCCUGUACACUGAAUAAUCCUACAUAACUGUAUAUUUGAAUAUUAAUCCUAAGUUACAAAGCUGUACAUUUUUAUUUUCAGAGUGUAUCAGGUCUCAUAUUAUCCAGUGGGCACAUGAAAAGAACAGAUGUCUUAAGGUAUGUCAGUAAUAGUUGCUAUGCCUAGUUGAUAUAAAAAAUUGUUAUAAAUUCAUAACAGGUCACAGUACAGUAGCCUUGUUUGGCUGUUUAUGUUGUUUGAAAAAUGGACCUUUUGCAAUAUCAACAUAGUCAUGUGACCCUGUCAUUUUUAAUAAUUGAAGUUAAAAAUAAAUUCCAUAAAUAAACAACAAUUUAACUGCAGGCUUUAUUAUGUUAUUAUUGUUGUUGAUUUCAAAUAAUUGCUUUUCUCAACUGAAAACAGGCUGAACACACACCUGCAAAGAGGGCCAAAAAGCCCUGCUCUGGAUCUAGUGCAAAUGAGUCAACAUGUAAUACAGCA